AUGGCUCUCUUUUUGUUGCUGAACGUCAGUGCCUCUGCCACUGAUUAUGGCUAUGGUACAAAACCACCACAAGUUGAGAACCCAAAACCACCACAGGUUGUGAUACCAAAACCUCUAAAGGUUGAGAAACCAAAACCACCAUAUUUUGAAAAACCAAAACCACUGCAUGUCGACGUUCAAGGGCUUGUUUUAUGUAACUCUGGCAUUAAGCCCUUCCCAAUUCAAGGAGCUGUGGCAAGGAUUAAAUGUUUGAGCGAGGACGAAAAUGGGUAUGAGACUGCACCUCUCGUUAUCUUAAGUGGUGCAACUGAUGCAAAGGGUUACUUCUUUGCAACAUUAUCAGCUUCAAAACUUGAAGGCAAUUAUAACAAGAAAUGGAAGCUCUCAAAAUGCACUGCAUUCCUCCACAGUUCUCCAUUGGAGAGCUGCAAAGUCCCCACUGAUGUCAAUCAUGGUAUUACUGGUGCUUUUCUUGCUUGCUCUCGCACUCUAAAUGCCAAUAAGAUGAAGUUGUUCUCUGUUGGACCCUUCUAUUACACAUCAAAACCUAAAUCCGCCCCGAAAGGCUAUUAA